AUGGAGGAAGAGAACGUCGCCAGCAUUCACGCAAAGGAAGUGACGCGCCUCUGGCGCUCAUGGAGGACAAUCCACGAGAUGGUGCAGGACAGAGGCUACGAACUGGCCGACAGCGAGGUCAGGGUCCCCCUCGACCGUUUCCGUAGAGAUUUCACCAACGACGACGGCAGCCCGAACCGCACCAAAUUGCAGUUCUCGGCGCGCCCAUCCGAGGCAAUGAUCAAAAAGUUCACCCCGCCACCGACCGCAUCCAACCCGGACCCGUCUCCCGAAUGCGGCACAAUCUGGGUCGAGUUCUGCCCCGAAAAGGCGUCGAUCGGCAUCAACGUGAUGAAGAAAUUCGUCGCGCACUGCGACGAGCACAACUUCAAAGCCGGCAUCCUCGUCACCGCCGUCCCGCUGUCGGCCCAGGCCCGCAAGGUCAUGACCGUCACCUCGCAGUUCACCCUGAUCGAGUGCUUCCUCGAGGAGGACCUGCUCGUCAACAUCACCCACCACGAUCUCGUCCCUAAGCAUGUGCUGCUUAGCCGCGAGGAAAAGAUGGCCCUGCUGCGCCGCUACCGCCUUAAGGAGACCCAAUUGCCGCGUAUUCUGUCCAAGGACCCCAUUGCGCGCUACUUGGGGUUGAAGAAGGGCCAGGUUGUCAAGAUUAUACGUACCAGUGAGACUGCGGGGCGGUAUGCGAGUUAUCGUCUUUGCGUAUGA